AUGCCAAAAUAUUAUUGCGAUUACUGCGAUACUUUUCUAACUCACGAUUCACCAUCAGUACGGAAAACGCACAAUGGUGGUCGAAAACACAAGGAAAAUGUACGAAUGUUCUAUCAAAAGUGGAUGGAAGAGCAGGCGCAGAAGUUGGUUGAUGCAACUGCUCGAGCGUUUACUCAGGGGCGUAUUGUGCCUUCUGUAGGAGCUCCAGCAAUUCCGGGUGCUCCGAGAAUGCCAAUGGUCUUUUUCUUUUUUUUCCUUAAUAAUAUAGAAAAUGCAGACAGAAUCUUCUUUUUUUUCUAA